AGUAGCCAUAUAAAUUGGUAUCACACUAACCACCACUUCUCGUCCUUUUUCCGGUCGUCGCGAAACGUGUCGGACGUCGUUCCCCAUUCCGCCGUAAAAUGUCUUCGAAAGUAUCAAGAGACACUCUGUAUGAGUGUGUGAAUGCUGUGCUGUCGUCAGCACAGGAGAAGAAGAGGAAGUUCCGUGAGACGGUGGAACUCCAGAUUGGCCUGAAGAACUAUGACCCCCAGAAGGACAAGCGUUUCUCAGGAACUGUCAAGUAUGUCUGCCCAAACAAGUUUGGCCAGUGGCCACUUGUUCUGGGAAGUCCUUCGGGGCGGGCCCUCACCCAGGGCCUUAAUAAUUUUGGGCAGAUCUCGCCACCUUAGGGUGAUGAGCAUCAAACCAUGUUGUAUGACACAGGCUGCGCAACAUGCCGCGCCCGUCGAUGAAGGUGUGCAUCCUGGGAGACCAGCUGCACUGUGACGAGGCUCAGGCCAACAACCUGCCUUUCAUGGAUGUUGAGGCUCUGAAGAAGCUCAACAAGAACAAGAAGCUGGUCAAGAAACUAGCCAAGAAGUACGAUGCCUUCCUGGCUUCGGAGUCGAUCAUCAAGCAGAUUCCGCGUAUCCUGGGCCCGGGUCUGAACAAGGCCGGCAAGUUCCCCGGCCUGUUGACCCACCAGGACAGCAUGACCGGCAAGGUCGACGAGAUCAAGAGCACCAUCAAGUUCCAGAUGAAGAAGGUGCUGUGCCUGUCGGUCGUGCUGGGCCACGUGGAGAUGACCCCCGACGAGCUGGUGAUCAACACCCACAUGGCCAUCAACUUCCUCGUCUCGCUGCUCAAGAAGCACUGGCAGAACGUGCGCUCGCUGCACGUCAAGUCCACCAUGGGACCGCCCCAGCGGCUGUACUAAGCGUGUCUGAGCGGCAAUACAAGGUCCGGCGACGUAA